AGCAAGUAUGGGAAAUCUUAAUUUCGUUGAUAUUGCUAAGGACACACAGCAGAUCUCCAACAAUCAAGUCAACUUCAAUCUUGAAGACAUGAUGAGAGAGGAUAUUCUAUGGGAAAUGUUCAAGAAGUUUAGAUCUGAAAACGCUAGAAGCGGAGAGAUUGAGGAGAAGCCAUCUCAGAUCAACUUCUUUAAUGAAAACAAUCUUGCUGAAGAAAACAACUACUCUGAUAAGGCCAAGAAUGGUAUUAUAGAAGAGCUAAAUGAGCUCUAUACUUCAGGUCUGUGCAAGCCUCAGUACAUAAAGGCAAAGUUGAGGGAGCCAAAAUUUGAGAAGUUCUUUGUCACCCGAGCUUCAGAUUGGAAUGGAGAAAGCAACAGAUGUUUCUACAGACAGUACUUCAAGCUCUUCCUCCUUUACUCCUACAUUGGUCCUUACUAUGCCAGCCAGGAGAAUGAGAAGAAUGACUUCCUAAAGAAGCUGGCAGAAUACUGUGAAGAGAAGAGCACAGAAAAGAUUGAAAGCUACUCAUUGAUCAUGGGAAUGAUCUUCUCAUUCACAAUGAUAAGCGAGAUUAGGCACUCAAAGCCAGAGGUCGUUAAAAGAUCUUUAUCGCAUAUGUACUCAACUCUUCUGACGCUCAAGGAUGGAUGCUUAGAAGAACACUGCAUGGAUUUCAGUAAUAGACUUGAAGAGACCUUCAACGAGCAGAGAAGCUUCCUCGUCUCUCUCAUCGAAGACGAGAGAACCACUAAAGAGAUCAGAGUCUUAGCUACCAAGAUUCUUGUUCUCUUUGGUAAAGUCAGAGCAUCAGGAGAGGACCUACUGAUUGCUGUUAACCUGAUCAACCAGCACAAGCUUGGCAUAGAUCUCUCUAACGAAUUAAAUUUCAAGGUUAACAAAUCAGAAGGGGCUGCUUCUGAUAAUAAUGCCAAGGAUUCGUUCAGACUAGAUACAGAGAACCAACAAAUGGAGGUGAAGCUCUUGACAGGCAUUGAUGAUAGCCCAAGUUAUACAGACACUGUUAGAUAUGCCAUGGAUGAAAGCUACAUUUACAUGACCGUUUCAGGCAAAGGCGUCUAUAAGAUAGGAUACACAAAGAGUGUUAAGGUCAAGCCUGGACUAACAUACGCCAAAAAUAUGUUUAGAGACUUUAAGGCUAAGGUAAUCUCUGUUGCAGGAGACAGAGUAUAUUUGAGACAAAGCGAAGAUCAAGAAACUCCUCUCAUAAUCCUUAACAAGCAAACACUUGAAGAAGAUAAGGAAGAUAAAGUACUCAAGUCUCUCAAUAACAACAAGAGGAAUUAUGAUGAGGAUGAUUGGAACAAGCUCAAGUUCGAAGUCACUAAUAAAGAUAAGCUCAGAGAUAUAAUUAACAAAAGUAUCAGAGGAUCUUUCAGAUGCCUGACCAAGACUCCUCUCUUCUAUGACGGAGAAAGCCUCUGUGUGAUUUCGAUUUAUUUUGUAAAAGGUGAGACUGAUCAAGAAUUUGCACAAUUCCAAACAAUGGAGAAGUACUUCUCCUUAGAGAUGUACGAUCCAGAGACAAUGACGUGUACAGAGACAAAGAAGCUUGAUCUUGAGAAAGAAAAUAUAGAAGGAGAACAGCCAACACAAGCUCAGAUCGAAGAAUUAGAAGAUUUCAAAGAACAUCUGUAUGACGAAAGGUUCCAGUCAGUUACUCUUGCUCAUAACAGAAAGAAUAUUGUCAUCAUUUACGAUAACUAUAUGUACAUUUUUGACUUUGAAUCUGGAAAGAGAAUUACUGAGAGAAUUGAACUUCCAUUCCAGCCACUAGCUUUCAACAUCAAAACCUCCCAGUUUUGGUAUGUCGAUCCAGAUACAUCAGAUUUUACCUUCAAGACCUUGUCAAUCUCAGAUUUUGAUAUGAAGAAGGAUGAACUCAGAGUUCAAAAUCUUGGUUCUCUUCUUCAGAAGAGAGUAAUUUCAUUGAAUUCUGAAAUUCAAAAGAACUCAGUAAAGAUUCCAAAGAGGAGUGCUAUGAACCUGUUAAAGGGUCUCACUAAGUCUACAACAAGCUAUUCUAACGGUCAGAAGGUUUUGGACAACAGCCAGGAAAUUAAGUCAGACCAAUCAUCAUUCUUAGUGACUUCUAAGCUGUUUUAUUGUGCUAGAGAGUGCGAAAAUCUGAUAAAUGAUCUUGAAUCUAUUGACAAGAACAACCAUGAAGAAAUACUUCAGCUAGAGACAAAGCUUUUCAGACAGCCAUUUGGAAUCACUAUUGGAAGAGAGUACUUCAACCAACUCUCAACAUCCCUGGCAUACUUCUUUGCUAACCUUGGAAAGGGGAAUAACCCUGGGGAUAUCCUAAUGUAUCACCAAUUCUAUUCUGUUUUCAAGCUAUUGAGCCUCGCACUCAAAAUUUCAAGGAUCUUAGAUAUCCCUAUGGAGACCAUCCUUCAAGAUUCAGAUGAAAAUGAUGUGUUCUUCAGGAACCUGAAUGAUAUAGUUACUAUGGUUUCUGAGAUUUACUCUAAUAUUCCAAGUCCUUCCCAAGAAGGGUUCAAUGAGGAGCUGUACUCACUUUGGAAGGAAGUGCAGAUUAUUUCACAAGAAAUCCAGUUCCUUCUGCUAAACCUCACUUCUGGGACUUCUAAGAUUACAAUGGAAUCUAAAAUCAAGGACUUAAUCAAUGCUUUUGAAGAAGGAAAUGUUGAUUUUACCAAUGUUCUCUUCAUGAAAUAUCUCUCACAGCCUUUGACCAUGGAAAUAGUCAUCUGUGACUCCAAAGAGGAGACGACAUUACCCCUAAUGCUACAGCUAUUUGAAAUCUUGGUCAAAAAGAAGACCACUAAGACUAUCAAUCAUCUUGAAAAACUUGGAUGGGAUACAGAAAGAGCUUCCUUCGACUAUGAUGAAAUUGAAGAAGUCUCUGAAGAAUUUAUCUAUGAAACCUCUAAGAGAAUCCUGGUCUACAUUUUCUCAAGAUACAAAAGACUCUAUGAUGCUCACGAAGAAGACAACAAGAAAAGAGUCGAGACUGUCAAGAAGGAAAUUGACGAUAAGAUGGUCUACUAUGACCAGAUAGUUGAGAUCCUCUCCAGCUCAGCCAUUAAGAUCUUUGACUCUACUACAGAGAAGAGCAAGGCCAUUGUACAAACCCUUGAGGAAAACUUAAUUCAUACUGAGCUCUUCCUUCAAGAAAAUAAGGAUAAGAACAAGAAGGUUGCAGAGAUUUAUUAUAAGCACACUAAUCAUCUCAAUGAGAUUAUUGUAGAAAAUAACAAGUUCCUAGAUUUGCUAUGUAUCUACUCUCUAGCGCUUGGCUCAGAAUAUGAAGUUGAGAUCAACCCUCAUAAUAUUAAACUGAUUCAAAACUUAUUGAAGGUCCUUUCUUCCUAUACCAAAUACGCACAUUUGAGUAAAAAAUCUAUGAUCUUUAAGAAAGAUGACCACCAUGUGAUCAAAUCUCUUGAUCUCGGAGUAAUGAGAGACAUCACAUGGAGUUUAGCUAAGUAUGCUGGUGGAUUAGGUAUCCCUCAAAGUGAUAAGCCAGAUAGCAAUAUCAGAGAAUUAAUGCGUUCAAAACUCUUCUCUGGUGGAAUUGAGGACAGAUUUAUCACAUCUUUCAAUGAUAAAACAAAAUCUGAGCUAAAGAUCCUCCAAGAGUAUAAAGGAGAUAAGCUUGAUUUCGAUGCAAACUCAAGAUUCGACUCUCAUCUCUAUUCCAUUGUUCACGAAGGGAGAGAUGAGUCUCUUGACCUUUUCAUCGAUUUCCUCGCAUGGUAUGAUACAAGAAAUGAUAAAGAACCACAAGAACUCUCAGCUGAAGAAAAGAUAAUCAUUAGAUGUCUUUUUUCCAGUAUUCUAAAACUAAACGACCUUGUCGACACCUUCAAGAAAUUACUUCAGAGCUUCUGUGUAAUAGCAGGUACUUCUCCUUCAUCACAAAAAUUCCCUGAACUUGCCAACCAAUUCGAGAGCACUCCUGAUUUCACGAUCCUUGCCAAAAAGUGGAACUCUUCAGCCAAAAUAAAAAGCUGGUAUUCCAAGUGGGAAGAGACGACCAAAGACCAAAAGAAAAAGAAAGAAAUGGAGAAGCUAAAGCAAGAAGAGAUUAACAAAGAAAAGGCUAAGAAGGAAUCUGAAGAUUCUAAGGAAGACUCCAAGGAAUCUCCUAAAGAGGAAAACAAGGGUGAUACUAAACCAGAUGAAGCCUCCAAGGAAGAACAGAAGAAAGAGCCAACUGAGAAGGAAGAUGAGAAGAAAGAAGACAAGGAAGAGGAAGAGAAGAUCGACACAACCAAGAAAGAAGAUAAACCUUCUGUGGAUCAGGAGAAGAUCGAUAAAGCAGUUGAAGAAGCUAAAGCUUUGCUGAUCAGAGACACUAGAGAAAGAGCAGAACUUUUCCUGAUCCUUAAUCCUCCUGAGGAGUGGAGUAAAGAGACCCAGGAAUGGCAACAGUCUAUUUUAGCUAAGAGAGAACAUGAGUUUGACACCAAGAAGAAUAAAGAUAAGAAGAAUAACAAGAAAGGCUUUGCUGGCUUACUUGAGAAGGUCACCAAGAAAGAUUCAAUAGAUACUUGCCAAGGAGCACUUCUUGAUUACUAUUCACAAACUGGAAUUGAUAAGGAAAUCCACAGGCAGCUUGAACAUUCCUGGCUAAACGGGUAUAAGCGGUAUGUAGGACUUGACAUCCUCGGAGAACUUCUGAACUGCAAACUUGAGGAAUACGAAUUAAUGAAUACUGUAAUGUGGUUCAUGAAAUCUAUUAAAGGAAAUUAUGCCAGAAUCACUGACUACGUAUGUCUCGUGAAAGGAUGCGGGCAUACCAUCACAAAUCUUAUCAAAGAGUCUUUCUUUAAGUGCAUCAGAGGGAUCUCAUAUCAACUCACUACUGGGAAAGAAAUCAGUGAAGGCAUUUUGGAGCUCCUAUUUGAAGCCUUGAUCUGGAAAUAUGACCCAAGAGACCACAAGUCUCUUGCAGAGAGUGGGAUUAUUGAAGCUCUGACCGAAGGAAAUGGAGUCACCGAAGGAGAAUUUAAAAGUAUUAAGUACAAAUGGGGUCACAAUAUCUUCAAGAAGGAUAAUCUAGGAGUAACUCCAGCUUUCUACAUGAUUUCUAUAUUAGAAAGCAUCGUUUCCAGCGUUUUCUCACAAGCUAACUCCAGUAAAGAUAAAGAGGAGUGCAAGAAGGACGAAUUGCUUAAGGUUGGUUUAAUGAGAUCGCCUAACGAAGAUACACAAAUUCUGAUUCAGAAACUAUUUAUGGUGUUCUUCAAUCAAUUUGAUAGAUAUGUGAAGCUAAUCGACAAAUUCAACCCAAUCGACUGGAGAAUCUUUGUACAAGAAAGAAAUAAACAGAGAGCAUCAGGACAGAGUGCCGCUCUAGACAUGGAGACCCAACAACUUCCAGACGAACUCACCCCUGAAGAAGAGAAACACAACAGAGAAGAGGAAGAAAAGAAGGAUGUUGAAAGAGAAAACAGGAGAAUAGAAGAGGCUAAGGAUGAAAAUGCUAAUCCUAGAGAUUUCAUCUCAGAGAUCACUCAAGAUGAGACUGAAAAAGAAAUGAAGAAGAUUGGAAAAAUAUAUGAUUAUCAUACCCUAACUAAGAUGCUAAGAAUGCUUGAUAUGUUUGCCUCUAUUGCUUCCGUUAAUGAGGUUUUAAAACACUACCUGAUAAAAAUCUUGAAUGAAACUUGAAUUGAUGUACUACUGAAUCUAUUCUUGGUAUCUCAGCAUUCUCACGGUUUGAUCAUCUUGAAUAUUUUCAAAAACCUACUGAAUGUUCAAUUUGAUAUCAAACUCUUUGAUAAAGUAAUUGCUAAUUCCCAGAAUGAGCAAAUAAAGAAGAUUCUAGGGCUCAAGACCAAAUUUGAUCUUUCUUCAUCAACUUUCCUGAGAUUCUUGUACAACCAGUUGUUAUCCAUCCGUGCUCACCAAUGGAGUAACGAUCAGUUAGCUAGUUCAGGAUCAUAUGAUCUUUCAUGUGGAAUCCUAAGGCUUCUGCAUACAAUCUCGAAGGAUAAAUCUAAGAGAGGCUUCGCCAAGCUCUUUGAGAAAUCUCUUGAUAAUUUCCUUGACUCAUCAGAUUCAUAUUCCAUUGAAGAAUUUGACGUAAUUACAAGUCUCAUCGAAGGCGGCGAGUACCAAGGCCUCAACAUUGGAGCUAUGUGCAAGAGUAAGCAGAAAGAGAUCUUCGUCAUCAUCGGAUUUGUACAAGAAUGGUACAACUUGAAAUCUGACAACUCCAAUGAUGACUACAACAACAAUGAUAAAUUCUUUAAGAUUAACAGUAAUCUCCAGGAUAAGGACUAUAUCCUUGGAUUGACUCGCGAGAAGGAUGAUUACUCAAGAUCAACUCUGGCUCUAUACAAUCCUCAGGAGGUAACUGUGCUAUCCAAUUUCAAGAAAUCUCAAAGUAGCUAUCUCCUGAACAAGGCGAAGCUGGACAAGUUCAUCAAAGCUAUGAACAUAGAUGUGAGCCCAGACACAAGCGAUUCAUUAUCCCUCACAAAAAGAUGUAUUGGAAUGAAGAUCCUAGUCCACAUGAUUGAAAGAUAUGGAGACAAGCUUAAUACUCUCUUUGAACUAGAGUUCAAAAACAAACUUGUGGGUAUUCUUAUGAAAGAAAGUACUAACAACAAGGAAGCUGGAGAAAAGAUCCCAGCUGAAUGGCUAGAGCAAAAGCUCUACUCCAUCAAGAGUCUUGCCACAGAGUCUAGUAGUUCUCUCAUCUCUAAGAAGGAAGCCAUCAUUAGAUUCAGUCAGCAAGUUAUGAGUCUGAGCAAGCCAUUGAAGACCUCUGAGAAGGAAAUCUACGCUAGAAGUGUUGCAUUAAAAGCAGGAAUGAACUAUGGAAAGGUAGAACCUUCAAUGAAAUAUAAGGUUCUUCCUUAUGAGAACAUUGAAAGCUCCUGCUUUAGCGAUGAAAAUGUGGUUAUCUGCGACUCCUCUCAGUGAGACACCACUGAGAAACUUCUCAAGAUCUUUGAGAAAUGCAGCAUCAUUGUAACCUGUGAUGUGGAUAUUAGGAAACUACACAAAGAGCUCAAGGCGAUCGACAGGAAGAUUUCCUAUUUCAAGAGUAUAGUUCUGAUCGAUAAAUCAGAAGUUACAAACUUCUUAGAGAUCAUUAGCAAUGACCCUGACUUUGACUGCCCCUCAACUGAUGAAAUGAGCAUGAAUGAAACAUUCAUAGCUGAAAUUUCAAAUUUCCUAGGAAUUGAUAGAGCAGAAGUGAGAGAAGCCAUCAAAGGAAAUGAAGGUGACCCCCUCUCUAAAAAGGUAACUGCUCUCACCAAGAAGCUUGAAGAGAAGUAUUCUAAAAACAAAGAUGAUAAAGAAGAGGAGGAAAAGAAGGAAAAAGUAGAAAAUGAUGAUGGAGACGAGUGGUUUAACCUCAAAAAUAUUGAAUUCGAACAAGAUAAUAACUCCACACAAGGAUAUGGGCUCAAUACAGAUCCUAAGUUCUCAGAAAUCGUUGAUACACUUGCUGCAUAUGACAGUGGAAAUUAUAGCCUGGAAGCAGAUGGUGAGAAGAACACUCAGUAUAAUAUUUAUGAGAAGGUUUAUAAGAAGCUAAACUCUGAUGUCGAGAGUGAAUACUUAAAGACCUUAUCCUUCUACUACAAGCAAUUAUGCAGGAAGUGUAUCUCAGCUUUCUUCCAAGAGCUAAACAUGAAAGAGGUCUUGAAAUUAGUCCAGGAAACCAGUGGAAGUUUAGAUAAAUUCAUGAGCUAUAUACUAAUCAAAGGAAAUGAAGCAGCUAUGACAAUGCACAAUACAAAAGAGACAAAGCAACUUGAAGAAUUUGAGGCUUUAAUCUCCAAACUUAUCAAGACUUGAAAUGAGAAUGAAGAGUUUACAGAUCUUUUCCAGAUAUUCUACAAGAAGUCGAUCAUCAGGCAUAACAUUGAUAUUCUGACCUCAGCUAUUAAAUCAAAGAGUGAUAACGUAGAGUCAUUAUACGGAAAUGAGACUGUUGGUGCUAAGACAUUGAAUGUGCUGAUCAUCCCUAACAUACUAUCUAUCAUGAUGAAGACCAACAAGGAUUAUCUCUACAGCAACGAGAGUCAAUUGGAUGAUCUGAUUAGCAUGUUGUUCUUGAUUACACUGACCUUCAGGACUGAAUUCAAGCUUCAAAAGAGUAUCUACUUGACUAUUUACAAACUUUUGCUACCAAUUGCCAAGGAUCCAGACAACUAUAGCUAUGAGAUCAAAGUAAGUCUCCUCAAAAUCAGAGUGUUCCAAAGAAUGAUUGAUAAAUGCAAGUUCGAUGUGACUGUUUCCAGUGGAAACAGGCUCACUGUCGAGCAGAAGCUCCUCUUUGAGAUAUUCUCUGUGUUCCAUAAGAUUGAUUCAAGCAUGAGAGAGUCAUGGUCCCUCUACACCUACACAGAUACUUUACUUGAACUUGAGAAGAGUAAGUUCAUUUUGAGAGAAGGAAAAGGAUUUGACAUGAUUUCAUACCUGAUGUACUUUAACAAUGAACUCAGUGGUCCUCAGCAGCACACCAAGGCUUACGCGGAGACUUUCCACAACCAAUUCAAAACAAAGAUCAGUUCAAAGAUUGCUUUCGAAGGAUUCAAGAAAAUGACAUUCAGGUUCGAUGAAAUCUCGGAUAUUGAUUCCAAAAACUUCAUUGGUAUUAGCUCAGAUCCAGCAGGAGAAAGUAUCCUAAAGAAGUUCUCAUACGAAGAUAUGAAAGGAGGAAAGAGUGUAGAUAUCUAUUCAAACCAGUGCUACAUCCAUUACCCAUAUUCCCCACCAAGAAUCCUAGCUACAGGAGAGAAUUAUAACUACGAGCUUGGACAAGACAACUCCAGCUCUUAUGAUAAGACUGUUGAAAUGAUGAAUUACACAGAGAAGGUCAAGAAAGUCAUGAACUCAGGCAACUACACAGUUGUUCUGACUGAGAACAACCAGUUGUACUACUGUGGGUACAAGAGCUCAUUUGAGAGGACUAACCAGACUCUGAUCAAAUAUCAUAAGGUAAUUCCUAAGGGAGAAAUCAAGCACAUUGAUUGUGGAGGAACAACCAUGAUCAUGGCCAUGGAUGACGGAAAGAUUUACUUCGAAGGAUACGACACUGGCUAUCACUACAGUUCAUGCUACGGUGAGGAAAAGUACACACUGAAGUACAAGCAGAGACCUAAUGAGGAGGAGGAAGAAAUUAUUGACCUGAAUGUUGGCAAAGAUUAUCAUAUGUACAUCACUGCAGACGGGAAGUUAUAUGCCCUUGGAAAUACUAUCUUUGAGUCCUUAAAUAUUCCUCGUACAGAUGAUGGAAAAUAUAAGCAAAUUGAGCUAGAUGAAGGAGUCAUUCCAAAGAAAGUCAUCUGCUCAGAAAGUGAAUACAGUGAGAAGACAGUCUUCCUUCUUGUCGAGGUUGAAGGUAAAACAGAGCUUUGGUCUGCAGGAAAGAGCAAUUAUGGUCUCCUUGGACAAGGGGAUGGCAUUUCUGUCUCUGAAAAGUUCAAGCCUGUAGAAUAUGACAAAGAAAACGUGACCAUUAAAGACUUCGAAAUGAAAUAUGACCAUGCUGUUGCAAUCACCACUGAUGGAACUCUCCUUGGAUGGGGAAGAAAUGAUGAUAAGCAGCUUGGAUUCAGUGAGAAUAAGAACUUCUACACUCCAACUAAGAUCCCUUACUUUGAAGACUACACUGUCCAUGAGAUAAGCUGUGGGAUGUAUCACUCUGUUGUCAAAGCUUCUAUCAAGUCUGAAAAAGACAAGGUUAAAUUCUUCAACUUGGGAAAUAACAAUGGAUUCAAGAAUGAUAAUAAAACAGAUGAUGGAAUUCUCUACUUGGAAGAAUUUGAUAAUGUCGAGCCUAAAUUCUGGACAUGCGGUAAGAGAACAACCUACUGGAUUUUUGACGGAGAGGAAUCUGGAGCUGAAGGUGUUGGUAUACAUGAGGGCUAUACUUGUGAUUACACUAAACAGACCCCAAUCGUUGGGACGAUGCAUUUCUACCAAGAUAGCAACAAAGAAUGGCAUUUCUUAUCUAAGGAAGGAUAUGAAGCUUCUAAAGAGGAUCUUCCAGAUAUUACCUAUGCCACGAAAUAUCACAUUGAAGAUAUUCAAGGAAAGGAGUGGCCAGAGUUUGAUAGUACAGAUACCCUUGAAGAGUCAAAAGACAAGCAUGAUUGCCAAUACAUUGCUAGUCUCAAGAUAAAUGGCGAACAGGUUGCUCCUGCUCCAAAAUAUACUGAGAAGGAAAUGUUUGAGAAAGAAGUUCAUGACAUGAACCCAAUAAUUUUCUACCGCCUAGCAAGACCACUCAAGGAAGAUAAGUCUUUGCCAAUGUUAGAGCUAGAAAAGUAUCAUGAAAAGACUGAAUUCUAUGGAAUUAGAGUAGAAGCUGACCCUGACUAUUCCUUCAUGAAGAACGAAUUCAUCAUGGCGCUUGAGAUCGAUAAAUACACAGCUAUUCAGAGUAGGAUCCAAAACUUUGACUCUAACUACGACGAAGAACUCAUGAAGCAAAUUGAGAAUAACCUAGAGAUGCAACAACAAAACUUCAUUGAGUGCCCUUAUGUAUUCCUCAUGGCUGCGGAGCUCGAGUUUGAAGACCCAAAUCUGAGAGCACUACCAACUGAAAAUAUCCAGUCAAGGAUAGAUUCCUUAGUAAUGUUCAAUCAAUACUUGCUAAAAUCUCUGCCAUUCCUGUACUUUAAUGAGGGGCUGAUCCAUAGAGAAAACUGUGGAGAGACUGAACUCGAGACGGAGUCUUUAACUGCCUGUUUCAUUGAAGGUAAGAAAUAUGCCCUUGAAAGCAUCAAGAAGAGUUACUUGAAGACAAUCUCUGAUACUCUUGAGAAAGACUACAGCACUCCAAGCAUUGAAGUGAAUACUUCUCAGAUCAAGAAGUGGUACGAUGAAGGAGUUUGUGACACUAUGGGCAAGAAUACCAUGUUUGGCAAAAUGUUCAAGAAGCUCAAGGAAAAACACUUUGAAAAUCUUAGAAUCGAAGCAUCAACUAAUUAUGGAUGGUAUGCCAACUUUACAAAUGAAGGCAACAGUAAUGAUGGAACUUACAGAAAGUGCCAGUCAUGGAUGAUCGAUGAGAUUCAUAGUUCAUUCCUGCCCUUAUUCAUUCCAUCAAAGAACAACAAAGAGAAGAGUGGACCUUUCCAGGAUAGAUGGGUGAUUAACCCCUCUUGCACUUCUUCAUUACAUCUCGAAAUGUAUAGAUUCGUUGGAGCUCUGAUCGCAAAGGCCUUCAGAUCUGGACAUGUCAUGAACUUCAGGUUCCCAUCACUUUUCUGGAAAAAGUUCGCAUGUGAGCCAAUGACACUUGAAGAUAUCGAAAAUGUUGACCAAAAUUUGGCUCAGACACUUAAAAACUUGAAGAAAGAAGAUCCUGAUAAUAACAUUCAGCAUAAGCUGAGCUUCACUGUUGAAUUAUCUGAUGGAACAGUAGUCCCUCUUCUUGAAAAUGGGGAGGAAGCUUAUGUUAACCCAAGCAAUGCUCAAGAAUACAUUAACUUGGUCCUGAACAAGAGAUUUAGUGAAUCUCAACUACAAAUGGAUGCUCUCAAGCAAGGAUUUGAUGUUGUCUUUCCUAGUGAAGCCUCCAGGAUCCUCUCUUGGCAAGACAUUGAGUCCAGAGUCAGAGGAGAUGAGUGCACAGUUGAGAUCUUAAAGAAAAUCACUGAUUACAGCGAUAUGAACCAAGAUGAUGAAUGGGGCACCAAGUUCUGGAAUAUCAUUGAAAGCUUCACUCCUGAGGAAAAGAGCAGAUAUCUUAGAUGUGUAGGAGGAAGAACCAGGAUUCCACCACCUGCCAGACGUAAUGAACUCAAGCACAAGGUUUACCUUAGAGAUGAGCAUUAUUUCAGUAAUCACGAUGAAAAUGAUGUUACUAUUUACCCAGAAAGCUUCAAUAUCUACUUAAACAGGUUCAGUAGUGAGGAAAUCAUGAAAGAAAAGAUUCUUAAGGCAAUUGAGAAUUCUGAAAAAUACUACAUUUAUGGUAAAGGAGACAAAGACUCUGAGAAAGCCGAUGAUGAUUCAGACAGAGAGUCCCAAAUAAUCGAUGAAAGAAGCCUCUCUCAGUACUCUGUAGAAGAUGGAUCAGACUCCGACGAGUCUGAAGGAGAAGAAGACGAAGAAGAUGGCGAAAGCGGCUCAGAUGAUGAAGACGAUGAUGCAAGCUUCGAUCUAUUUCGCUAAUUCUGUCAAGAUUACUACAUUGUAAUCAUCUACUUCAUUUACAAGUUCAAC